AUGGAAACCGAGCGGAAGCUGUUUAAAUGCGGCGUGCUCGAGGCUGCCACCAAAUUCUGCGGAUUCAUACGAGUUGACCUGUUGCCUGGAGGUCAGAAAAGAACGUUCUGGUGGACACGAGAGGUACAACUGACACUCAGUGAGACGAGGACUGCAUUCAAGAAUUGGCUUUGGAGAAAAGAGCCUUCUACUCACAUGCAAUAUGUCCAAGCACGCAAGGUGGCAGCGAUGGCAGUGGCGAAAGCCAGUAUUAGAAAGGAGAUGCCACUGAAUAACUGACU